UUGAGAUUACUGCAUUGUUUGUUUUUCUUAUUCAUUUGCUUAAUUUUUUUUUUCCUUUGGUUCCUUUUAUAUUCAAAGCCUUUUUGGGUCUUGUUUUAUAGUGUGAGUAUUUAUUUGACUUUUUGCACACUCUGCUAUUGUGUAGUCCUUAACAGACGAUGUCCGAGAAUUCUGUCUAUAUUUCAGAGUAGCUUUUAUGAUGAUCAUAUCAGUUAUGGUGGACGAUGGUUUUGACAGUGGGGUUCAGGAAGAAGGGGUUCCAAAGGUUGAACUUAAAGUGAAUCAUGAAGCUAAACUCAGAGAACUAUUACAUAAAAUUAAUUCACUGGAAAUUAAGUUAUGCUCAGAUGCUACAAAGGAGUUCAUCAAGUUACUGAAAGGUAACUCUGGAAGUGAGUUGCUUCGGUAUUAUGUGAGGAGUUCAUCUAGGUGCUCAGAGCUUCUAGAUGCUUGGAAGCUUCAACGAGGAAAACCUGGUUUAUCAUACAUUUUAAAAUUAACUUUUGUUAUUUUGAGUCAUCCUGAUGGGAGGUAUAAACCAAAUGAUAAGGAGGGGUUAGUUAUAAGUAGGGUUCUAGAUAAGUUUGCUCGAUUGAUUAUUGAAGAACUUUUGCAAGAUGUGUACAGAGAGCUCAAUAGUAAAGAAACAAAGAGCCAAAAUGCAGCACUUUGGCUUAUGGCUUCGAUUGUCCGGCGGGGUUCAGGGUUGGCUUCUGAUGUUGCUAAGAAUUUUGAUUUCAAGCUCAAAGGGUUUUCUAAGCUGGCUGAGUUCAAGAAGAAUCAAAAUGAGAAGAAAGCAAAACAGUCUUCUAGAAAGUCUUUUGUUGGGUUUGCUAUGUCAUUUUUGGAGGUAGGCAAGCCAGGGUUGUUGAGGUGGGUGUUGCAGCAGAAGGAAAUGUAUUCUGGUGUACUUCGUGGGCUUGGGAAUGAUGAUGACGAUGAGACUGUUAUUGAUGUUCUGUCCACUUUGAGAGAUAAGAUUCUUGUUGAGGAGUCAUUGGUUCCUCCAGGUCUUAGGAGUGUUCUUUUUGGAAGUGGUGCUUUGGAACAAUUGGUCAAUAUUUCUGGAAAGGAUAAUGGUGGCUAUGCUGCAGAGUUGGCGUAUAAUAUUCUUGUUUUGGUCUGUACUGAUCCCUGUAAUGGAUUGAUGCCUGAUCUUACAAGACACCCAAGUCCUUUAAGGGGUAAUCCAAAACGUCUUUUGGGGCUGAUGAAGAAACUGAAAGCAACUGAGAGCAUCUUUCAUAGAGAUUUGAUUUCGGCUAUUGUUAGUGGGAGACCCUCUUUUGGUGCAGCAUAUAUGGAAGAGUUUCCUUACAACAUUGAAGAUUAUGCAUCACCUAAUUGGUUUGCAAUUGUGACUUUGGCUGCAAAUUUGGUGUCAUCAGUGGGAACUGGCCUAAAGUUUGAUUUCCUUGCUUCCAAACCUCAUGAUCUGCCAUCUUCUGACAGUGAAUAUUUGCAGAGUGUCUUGAAAUGUUUGUGUCCUCGUUCAUUCUCCCGGUCAGUUAUCAAUAAGGGGUUGCUUCACUUAGAUUUUCUAGUGAAGCAUGGAACUUUGCGGCUGCUUUUUGAAGCACUGAAGUUGCUGGAAUUUUUAAUUGGGGCUAUAAAUAGUCAAAGUAGUUUUCCUUCAAGUGAUGUAGUACAAGGUUGGGCAUCUCUUAAGCAAGUAAUUCAAAAUGAGGUUCGAACGUUGCUUCCUGAUCCACAAGUUCUGCUGACUCUACUUUCAUCUCUGAGUAGCCAAUCCAAAACUCGUGUCAGUUCUUUAAAGAGAAAACCAGACUCAGGAGACUUUCUUAAGCAGGGCAGAGAUGAUGUAAAGAAAUUGAAAAGAGAUCAUAUGAACAACACAGAUUCAGAUAUCAUUGUAGGUGGAGUGAAUCUUUCUGCAGACCUUACUUCAUUUAAGGACAGUGAAAGAAUUGUAGGUACACCUAGCGCAGAUGAAUUUGACACUGGAAAGGAUAUUAUAAAAGUUCAUGAAAUUUGGGGUUCAGACCUGUGCGAUAUGUCUCCUUUUGCGAUGAAAGAUGUAGAGAUAUUCUUUCAGUCCAAGCUUCUUGAUGCUCUAAAAACUUAUUUUCGAGUAAUGCCAACUGUUUUGGAAGGAUCAUUUGAGUUCCUUAUAAGUCUCCUAAUUGAUCCUUUGGCACUAGAUACUAACUUACAGCAUUCUCUAUUGUCUUUGCUAAUCGAAUACGUUGUAUGGUCUCCCACUGGAACUCCUUUUACAGCCCCUCCUUUGAUGUAUAAACAUCUUCAGUCAUUUAUGACUUUGUUAAUUUUUUCACCCAUAAGUGAAAUUAAGAAUCAAGCAUGUGAUCUAGCACAAGCAGCGAUGUUAAGUACUGGUGCCUUUGAUAGAAAUCGUCAUGAGAUUGGAUCAUGGUUCUUGUUUAUACCAGGUUAUGACAGAAGAAAUUCUUCUCUUCACAUUCCAUGUGUGGAAGUAUUGCAGAGCCUGUGUCAGGUUGUCAUCUCAUUCUUAUGUGAUGCAAUUUCUACCACAGGAAAUAAUUUAUUUAAAUAUUGGGACAUGGUUAAGCUUCGUACCUGCAACUUAGAAAGGCUAAAAGAUAUAUCACCUGAUUUCAGCCCUCUCGUUGUAUGUAUACUGCAAAAGUGCCUAAGGUUGCUUGAUUCUGAAUCUGGGACUUUUACAUUGCCGGAGAAAUCAAUGAUAUCAUUGUAUGUGGGUAAUACGCUAAAAUAUAUCUUGCAAACUCAGGUAGAUGCGAGGUUACUGUCUGCCGUAGUUGAUUCAAUCUUAUCUGAGAGACUUGGUGAACAUAGUUCUGUUAGUGAUGAUUCUGGCGCUGCCUUCUGUGAGUGGAGACCAUUGAGGAAUUUAUUUAUUUUUUCACAAGGUAUUUCUCAUCCAGAAACACGUGUCUUUUCAAUUGAUAAUAAAGCUAAACCAGCUGUUAGCUCUUUUGGGAUUGCACUGGAUGAAGUUAAAAGAAACUUAACCAGUGGGAACAAUGGUGAAAUAGCUGAUAUGACCAAAGCCUUUGCUUCCUUAAUCAUCUGCACAACGCCUGAAGAGAUUUCAAAAAAUUUCCCAGCUGUUGUGACUGUAUCAGAAACUCUUUCUGGUGUUUUCACGUAUCUAAUGCCAUCUGUGGUCUUUCUUGAUCAUACCUUUCUGACAAGUGUUUCUAAUUUAUGGCCUGAUAUCUUUCUUCCUGGCCUGGAAAUGGCUCUAUCUGGUAAAAACAAAGGCGAAAAAGAUGAUGUCGGUGGAGUCACUGAUUGUGCUUUGGUAGCAGGAGAAGUGAUCCGUGACAAAUUUUUUAAUGCAAAUGAAGCUGCAGCUACCUUUAGUUUCUUUUUAAAGCAGACACCUUUCCAUAUAUUAUUCCCUUCCCUUAUGUGCACCAAUGGUCCUUAUUCGUCACAGCCCAUGAAAAUAAAAGACCUUCUGUUGGCUAAACUGUCAGAGUGGAAAUUUGAUAACUGCUUUGUCUCUUAUCUGCGCCUUUUGUUAUUCUGGAUUCAUCAGUUACAAUCAUCUUAUAAAGUUAGCCCUUUAGCCAAAUUCCAAGAACUUUCUGAGAUUUGUCUCAUUCUCUUGAAAGACUUGUUGGGUCAGGUAUUACAUUUAAAUGUGGAUUUUGAUUGUCACAGAACUAGUAGAAUUCAUUUGUCAACCCAAGAAGUCCAAGAAGUGGCUGAAACCAUCUUUUGUCAUCCUGCAGUAGAGACAUCACUAUCUCACCCCUUGACCUGUGGGAUGGGCUUGGCAAAGGCAAACCUGUUUGACAAUAUGGAUACUUCGAUUAAUUUAUCUAGGCAGAGUGUUCAUAAGUUAGAUCACCAUGUUUUAGAUAUGUUGGGAACAGCUUAUGAGUACUUCCUCUCUCUUUGCGAUGGCCAGCAUUUUAAUAACAAACGCGAAAAAGGCAUUGGGAAAGAACUUAGGAAAGUUUUUAAUGUUCCAAUCCAGAGGGUUAUUGAAGUGGUGAAGGACAGGUUUAAGGUAUGCAUUUGCACAGGGAAUCUGAUGCCCUUCCUCCAACCAUACUAUGCUUUACAUGUUCUGAAUCAUUUUGUAGGCCCCUUUGAGCUGCUCGAUUUGGUGCAGUGGAUGUUUAAAAGAGUUUCCAUGGAUACAUAUGCAGAUUGGAAAGCUAACAGGACAUCUGUUAUUUCUUUUGGAUUUUGUAUUGCUGCUGGUGCUUUCAGAAAUCUAUCUAGCUAUUUGGAGCAGCCACUGUCAAAGAGACAAAAAUACGAUUUACUUUGGGAAAUGGAAGGAAAUAGAAAUGUAAAGAAUGUUGAGGAGAUCUAUUUUCAAGUGACUAAGUUGGCCUUGCAUAUUAAAACAGAUUAUGCGGAUCUCUGCUUGCUUGAAGCUGUUAAAGCUGCACACAGACAAAAAUAUGUGCAGCACAAUAAUUUUCAUUCUUGUUUGGUAUUAUCAAGACUUAUCAUAAACACUUCUGUGAAAAUUCUUUCCCAUUGCAUUUAUGAGACAACAAAGACCAGAGCUAAGUUAUUGUUUUUUCUCACUGAUGUGAGCUCCCUUCAUCUGUCAAUCUUUGGACAUUUAUUUUUGAGUAUGGUGAACAAAGGUUUAGCUCAUAAAGGGAAAAUGGUGGAUGAGCUCCCUGACUUUGCUCCUUCUGAUGAGGAUUAUUUGAUGCUUCUACCUACUGCUUUGUCAUACUUAAAUUCAUACUGCAUUAAAUAUGGAUUUCAGUAUUACAAGCACUUUAGAAGUAUACCUUGUUUUUAUUCAAAUAUACUUUUGAAGAGUUUUGUCAAUUGGAAGAGCUUUGUGCUUAGUGACGUGUUUCAGGAGCAAUAUGGUGAGUUCAUACCAUCAUCUACUGAAGAACUUCUCAAUCUUGUAAAUGAUAGUCUUCUUGGAAAAGCCAUCUGUAUGUUGCAGUAUCACUUUGCGUUAGAUGGAGAUUCAGUAAAACUGAAGAAGCGGUUGAAGUUAUUUAAUUCCAUAUUCCUGCAUUCUGCUGAACAUGAGGAGCUGAUAGACUGUGAUUUUGGUGAAAUUGAUUCUUACUCACUUAACCACUCAUUGAAUUUUAUUAAUAGAGUUAUUGCAAAGAUAUCAUUUGGCAGGAUAUUGUUAUUUCCCAAUUGUGAUCAAAGUCAGUCUCUUCCAUUAGAAGAAAGUGGGGUUUUGAAAGAUGUUCAGAUGGAAAUGGGGUCAACUAGAGAGGACGUUUCAAGAAUGUACUUUAUUAACAUUUUAGUGGGUAUUUGGCAAUUGAUUGUUAAGAAAUUCCCUUCAGGUUCAUAUAGUGGUCAAAAGAGCAUAGAUGUUUUGUCCCUGUAUAGAUACUUAGAAGCUUUCAUAUUAAGAAGUAUUCUUGAAUUAACCAAUAAUAUGCAUAGUUAUCUUAUCCAGCUAGAAUCCAUUCCCUUUCUAGAGCAAUUGAUGAAGUCUGCUCUUAGAUUUAGAUUUGAAGAUCCCACAACUUUGAAAAUGCUCCAAGAUAUCCUAACUCUGUUGUCUGAGGGGAAAUUUUCACGUGACUUUUAUCUUCAGCUUCUACUUGCCCACUCUCAAUUUGAGUCUAGCAUUCAGUUGGCUUCUAACUCAACAAAUAGUUCACAUCUUGGGGCAUUUUUGAGGCCUAUAUCUGGUGUUCUGAGACAUCUUGCUUUUCCUACUACUGAAAAUAAUGCAUCUGAUAGCAGUCAUUAUCUAGAAACAACUGGGUUGUACAUGAGACAGUUGGAGGUUAUUAAACUGUUGCGGACACUCUUUCCAUCCAAACCUCAUGAGUUGGCUUUUGAUUUUAAAAAAAGUGUAGGCAUAAAUUUCAAAAGUCUGCAUUUACUGCUUUUGUCUACCUAUGGUGCAAAGCUUAGCAAAAUUGAUAUGGAGAUAUACAAUCUGAUGUUGGCAAUUGAAUCUAUUGAUGGAUUGGAGGCUGAAAACAUUGCUGGUUCUGAUCACCUAUGGGGUAAUGCUGCUUUGAAAAUAGAAAAAGAAAGAGCUUUGGAACAUGAUCCAUCUAAUAUGGGGGCUAAUGCUGAAGCAGUAAAAGAACGUCAUAGAAGUCAAUUUAGAGAUAACCUUCCCAUUGACCCCAAAAUAUGUGCUUCUACAGUGCUAUAUUUUCCCUACGAUAGAAUUGCAACUCAUGAAGCAAUAUCCUCAGAACAUUUUCAAUCCAGUGAUUUUACCCAUAUGCUUGCGAAUUAUGCCCAGACUAGUACUCCUGAUGAUGGAAAUCUACAGCGAUAUGAUCCUGUCUUCAUCUUGCACUUCUCGCUUUAUAGCCUAUCAGUGGGUCAUAUUGAACCCAUGGAGUUUGCUGGUUUAGGCUUGCUUGCUAUUGCAUUUGUUAGCAUGUCAUCACCUGAUGAUGGGAUAAGAAGAUUGGCUUACAGUAUCCUUGGGAUAUUUAAGAAAGCACUGGAGCUAUGUAAAAAGCGGAAAGAAGUGACACGGAUACGACUUUUGCUGACUUCCUUGCAAAAUGGUAUAGAAACACCAUGGCAAAGAGUUCCCUCUGUUGUUGCAAUAUUUGCUGCAGAGGCAUCAUUUAUAUUGUUAGAUCCUUCACAUGAUCAUUAUGCUACCUUAAGUAGGGUUUUGAUGAAUUCGUCUAAGUUGAGCAUGAAGAAUGUACCUCUUUUUAAUGAAUUCUUCUGGAGUACGUCUGUUAAUUUUAAAGCUGAAAGGUUGUGGAUACUUCGCCUACUAUAUGCAGGGUUGAACUUGGAUGAUGAUGUUCAAAUUUACACCAGGAACUCCAUUCUUGAGACUCUAAUGAGCUAUUACUUUUCUCCACUUUCAGACAAUGAGUCCAAGGAUCUCAUUCUUCAGAUAUUGAAGAAAUCCAUUAAAUGUUACAAAAUGACUCGUCAUCUGGUUGAAAAUUGUGGUCUCUUUUCGUGGUUGUCUUCUGUUCUCUCGAUCUUCAGUAAAAUGAACUUUAGAGAGGAAAAGAAGUUUUUCAUAAUGCAAUUGACUGUAGUGUUACAGGUUGUCCACAAUAUCAUGUCCUCCAGAAACACAAUCGAGUGGUUGCAAAAGAAGGCCCUUGAGCAGCUCAUGGAACUUAUGUCCCACCUGUGCAGAUUCUUGGUUAAUGGUGUGGUAUUGGUAAAGGAACAUGUAACAUUGGUCAAUUUGAUUCUAGAAAUUAUGAUAUCAACAUUGAAUAUAUCCCAUAAAAGGAAAAUAUAUCAAUCACAAUUUAACCUAUCAAUUGAUGGUUUGUAUCAAAUAUGUGAGGCUACUCAUACGGAUGAUGAUGCUGCUCGGGCUGAUCCUGAGCUUGGGCUCAAAGCUAUACUCAUGAAUACACCUCCAGCUGCUAUUUUCUGCAUGAGUCAAGAAAAUCUUUCAAAGUUUAUUGGAUGGGCAAUUUCCUCCGCGUUGCAAGCUGAUUCAGCAAAAUUGCAUCAAAACAAAGAAUCUCGGCACUUUCUCUCAGCUAUUUCAAAGGAUGAGCAAUCCGAAGACUCCCUAGUAUCAAAACUUCUACGUUGGCUCACUGCUUCUGUAAUCUUAGGGAAACUUAAAGUGAAAUCCAAAAAUUUGGAUCCAAAGCUAGGGUUGAAUUUAAAGGAUCUGGUGAGUUUAUUUGAUCACGCUGAAACUGAAUGUGAAGAAGGCAGAGAGGAUAGGAUUCAGCGUGACCAGUUUUUAGCUUCGACAAUUCUUUACCUCCAAUUGCUUGUUCGCACCAACCACAAAGUUCUACCAUCAGUCGUAUCUGCACUUAGUAUUCUCCUUGAAAAUGCCUUGAGUCUUGCAGAUGCUACACAUAAAAAUGGGUUUCGGCUUCUAUUGGAAUCAGUGUGGUUGAAAAUACGCUACCCUGUUGAAGCAAAUCCUGCAUGGAGAUGGUCAUUUUACCAACCAUGGAUGGAUCUCUUCUUGGAAUUAACUGAUUUGCAGAAGAUAGGUGAACUCCAUGCUUGCCAAAUUCUUCUCCAUAUCAUUGCACAUGUGCUUGGAAGUCCGCGAUCAGAAGGGCUGCAAAGUUUGUUAGAAGAAAUGCAAAGAAUCGAUGCCUUUGAAUGGGAAAAAAGCAUAUUGGAGACCGAUAAGUGAAUUCAUUAUAAACUAUCGUGUUGUAUUAUGAUAUAGCUUGUUUUGAAAAUUUACACAUACAAAUUUUCAUGUCUUGAGAUUUUGGUUAAAUUUGUACAGAAUACCGACAUGUAAAUUUUAGAAUUAUUAAUUGGUAUAUGAGAAAACUUCAAUUUUAGACCCUA